AUGAGACUCACUACCUGGAACGUCAACGGCAUCCGCAACCCGUUCUCCUACCCGCCAUGGAACACGACGCGCAGCUACUCCUCCAUGUUCGACAUCCUCGAAAGCGACAUCGUAGUCAUGCAAGAGCUCAAGAUCCAGCGCAAAGACCUUCGCGAUGACAUGGUGCUGGUAGAUGGAUGGGACUGCUACUUCAGUCUGCCGAAGCACAAGAAGGGAUACUCAGGUGUGGGCAUCUAUACGCGAAACGCGACAUGCGCGCCAAUACGGGCAGAGGAGGGACUGCUGGGGGUGCUGCCUUCGCCUUCUGGGCUGCCGUAUAGAGAGCUGCCGGAGGAGCAGAGUAUAGGAGGAUACCCCAGUGCUCUUCAGACGGCGGAAUUGGGGGUAGAUGCUGCGGCGCUGGAUGCGGAGGGACGAUGUGUAGUGGUGGAGUUCCCUGCUUUUGUGCUGUUUGGUGUGUACUCGCCUGCUAACAGUAUGGGUAAUCGAGAUGACUUUCGUUUUGGGUUCAUCAAUGCUCUGGACUGCCGGAUACGCAACCUGGUCAAGGAGGGCAAGAACGUGGUGCUGCUAGGGGAUCUGAACGUAUCGCGACACGAGAUCGAUUCUGCCCCAACUCUCGAGGACAUCCGUAAAGGCUUGGGCACGAGAGAGCAGUACCUGAUGUCGCCGAACCGCCGCAUCUUCAACCAGAUGCUCGUGGACGGAGAAGUGCUGGAUGAGAGGGACGAAGGCAGGGAGAAGGGUGUGCUGUGGGAUACCAGCAGGUUAUUCCAUCCUGAUCGAAAGGGCAUGUACACUUGUUGGGAGACGAAGACGAAUGCUCGUCCUGGCAACUAUGGUGCCAGAAUCGACUUUGUGCUGGUGUCCGAGAAGAUGAAGGACUGGCUCAAGGAUGCGAACAUUCAAGAGGGUCUGCUUGGGUCAGACCACUGUCCCGUGUACGGCGACUUCAAAGACAAGGUCGCUAUGGACGGCAAAGAUGUUUCCUUCCUGGAUGUGAUGAACCCCCCAGGCUGGUUUGUGGAGGGCGAGAGGAAGGUUGAGUGGAAGAUAACAUCCACGCCGCUCUUCUCAGCCAAGCGUAUGCCAGAGUUCGACAAGAGGAGAAGCAUCAAGGCAAUGUUUGCGGCGCCUUCUCUGAAGAAAGCGCAGGCCUCGACCCAGCCAGCUGCGAGCGAGAACAAUGCGGAAGCAUCGGCCAUUGAUGCUAUUGCCAGUGCUGCCUCGCCUGUCAAGACCGAUAUUGACACGGCUACUAUUGUCGACAGCAGCAAUAGCAAGGUAGAUACGCCUCCGCCUACCUCGAUAGCUUCUCCAGUCAAGCGGAAGCCUUCAGCAGCGAAAGAGCAACCAGUGAAGCGGCAGAAACCAGAGCCCAAGUCGAACGGCACGAAGACACAGUCAACGAAAGGCCAGCAGAGUCUGAAAGGCUUCUUCCAGUCAAAGAACCCACCUCCAGUACAGCUGCCAACAGAGCCAGCUCAAACACUGGACAUCAAUGGCGUUAGCUCUGCCGAGACUACAGUCACUGAGACAGCAGACAGCGAAUUCCCCAGACCUACCACUCAAAGCGAGCCUUCUCAGACACCAUCCAGCACCCAACCCUCCACCGCCGCCAGCCAAUCCCCCUCCCCACGCCAAUUCGCCUCCCAACUCGCCACCGCCGAGAAAACCCAACGAACCUGGGGCGCCCUCUUCGCCAAACCCGUCGCGCCCCUCUGCGAAGGCCACGCCGAACCCUGCAAAAGCAUGCAAACAAAGAAAAAAGGCAGCAACCAAGGCCGCUCCUUCUGGAUGUGCGCGCGUCCGCUCGGUCCAAGCGGUGAGAAAGAGAAAGGAACACAAUGGAGAUGUGGAACCUUCAUCUGGUGUGGUGAUUGGGAUGCAAGAUCAAAGGAGGCGAAGGAUGUUGCUGCUGCUACGGAUACGUCGAAUGGGUUGGGUGGUGUGCAGAAGCAGGGUGAGAGUGAGAAGGCGUGGACGGAGAAGUUUGAGAAUCGAUAG